AUGGUAAAAAUUAAAAUUCCAGAAUUUAUAACUGAUGAAAGUCAUCCCAUUGGUUAUUGUAUAAAGGGAAUUCAAUCAUUCGUCAGUGAUAGUGUAAGACUAAUAAGGAAAUGUACUAAACCAAAUAAAAAAGAAUAUACUAAUAUUGUUUAUGCCUGUUCUUUUGGUUUCUUAAUAAUGGGAUUUAUUGGAUACAUGAUCAAACUAGUUUUUAUACCAAUUAAUAACAUACUUGUAGGAUCAUAUUAA